AUGAAAGGCGGAGCCGCCCACAUCAGAGACCAGUCCGAAUCUUUGCCUUUGUUACAACAUCGCAAGAGCCUGCCGCCAUCCAAAGAGGGUAAAAAUGGUGGACAAUGCCUUGGCCUCUCUCUGAUCAUCUCAAAGAGACUAGCCAUUUGGCUGUGCACGUUGACUCUCCUGGCAACAUUUGCGCUUCUGUCUAGGCAAGAUCACGAUGGAGCUUACUACACCGUCCCUCAGGCCGAGCAGCCAAAGGAGCAACCACAGAAUAUUGUGACUUGGGACGAGCGCUCACUGUUUAUACGAGGACAACGGGUGAUGGUCAUGAGUGGAGAGCUUCAUCCCUGGAGAUUAGUGCCAUCACUCUAUGAUGAUGUAUUCCAGAAGAUCAAGGCGCUCGGUUUCAACUGCGUCUCAUUCUACGUCAUGUGGGCUUUGGUAGAGCCUGCCCCAGGCAACUUCACAGCUACAGGCGUCUUUGCAUACGAGCCUUUCCUUGAAGCUGCCAGUCGAGCAGGCAUAUACCUUAUUGCGCGGCCUGGACCAUAUAUCAAUGCCGAGGUCAGCUUCGGUGGAUACCCGGGCUGGAUGCAGCGUGUCAAUGGACAGCUAAGAACAAGAAAUCCGGAAUACUUGGCAGCAACGGACAACUACAUUGCCCAAAUUGGUGCCAUUAUAGCCAAAGCGCAAAUAACCAAUGACGGUCCCGUUAUCCUUUAUCAACCGGAGAAUGAAUAUACCUGGGGUGUACCUCCUCGAUUCCCCGAUGGCGAGUAUAUGCAAUAUGUUGAGGACCAAGCAAGAAAAGCUGGUAUUGUAGUCCCUAUCAUCAGUAAUGAUGCGGCUCCGCUCGGACACAACGCUCCUGGUACCGGAGCAGGGGAAGUUGAUAUCUAUGGUCACGAUGACUAUCCGCUCAAGUUUGACUGUUCUAAUCCAACUUCUUGGCCGAAAGGUGCUUUGAAUGGACUCUAUCACUCGAUCCACGAAGUCCAAAGUCCAUCGACGCCAUUCUCCAUCUUGGAAUUCCAGGGAGGUGCCUUCGACCCUUGGGGAGGCCCAGGCUUCGAAAAUUGCGCAUUGCUGCUUAAUGAAGAAUUUGAGAGAGUCUUUUACAAAAACAAUCUGGCAGCCGGUGUAACUAUAUUCAACAUUUAUAUGGUAUACGGAGGAACAAACUGGGGUAACAUUGGCCACCCAGGCGGCUACACCUCGUAUGACUACGGCUCACCCAUCAAAGAAGAUUUCACCGUCGGAAGAAAGAAGUAUUCGGAACUGAAAUUACUCGCUCAAUGGCUCCAGAUGUCACCUGGAUACUUGACAGCGAAGCCAGGACUCGCCGAAGUAUUGACAUACUGCAAUGAUGCCGCUAUUACAGUCACGAGGCUCAAAGGCGACUCGACUAUUGGGGGCGGCUCCUUCUUCAUCAUCAGACAUUCGGACUACACCAGCACAGUUUCUACAAACUACAAGCUGGAACUUCCCACAUCGAGGGGCAAAGUCUCGAUCCCUGCGCUUUACGGGUCACUGACCUUGAAUGGCCGCGAUUCCAAGAUUGCAGUGACAGACUACGAUGUCCACGGCUCGACACUGAUAUACUCGACAGCUGAAAUCUUAACUCACCAGAAAUAUACUGAUCGAGUAGUCCUAGUCGUUUACACUGGACCAGGGGAAACGAACGAAUUGGCCAUCAAAACAACACACAAACCAAAGAUCCUUGUCGGCGAUGCAGUUGCUGUCCAUCACGCUGGUGACCUGGCAAUCAUGACAUGGGAUACUUCUGGCGAACGCAAAGUCAUUCGGGUUGGGAAUCUCUUCAUAUUUGCAACAGAUCGAGAUUCAGCAUAUCGAUACUGGGUACCAUCAAUUGGAAAGACCUCAGCGAUUAUACUAGGGCCUUACCUUGUCAGAAACGCAUCAUUACAUGAUUAUAGGACCUUGUCCAUUCAAGCAGACUUUACGGAAAAUACGACAGUGGAGAUUCUCGGGUUGUCCCAUCUCAAGUCAGUGAUAGUCAACGGAGUUGAUACGCCCUUCCGAGACAAUAACAUCACUAUUUCCCUCGACAUUCAUUACAAAUCACCGCAACUGAAAAUACCCGUAUUGGCAAGUUUGAAAUGGAGAGCCGCCGAUUCGCUUCCUGAACUACAUUCAAGCUACGACGACAGCCAGUGGCCAUCAGCAGAUUUGUCUAGCAAUAACACCUACCAGCACCAGUGGACCCCGACAUCUCUGUUCGCAUCUGACUACGGUUUUCAUGCUGGUGUUCUCGUUUUUCGCGGGCAUUUUGUGGCCCAGGGAACCGAGGAGUCAUUCGAUAUUCAAACACAAGGAGGUACUGCAUACGGACAUACAGUCUGGCUGAAUAAUACCUUUUUAGGAUCUGAAAUCGGCAAAGCCGGCGUGAGUAACGCCCGUGCUACAUAUCGAAUACCUGAUUUACUGCCUGGAAAGCCAUACGUCCUCACAGUCAUUGUUGACAACAUGGGUCUGGAUGAGAACGGCGUAGCAGGAGUAGAUUCUGGGAAGGCUCCAAGAGGGAUUCUGCGAUACAACUUAAAGUCAUCGUGGUUCAGGAGCACUCCCAUCGACUGGAAGCUGACCGGAAAUCUGCACGGUGAGGACUCGGUGGAUAGGUCACGAGGACCGUUGAACGAGGGAGGACUAUUUGCGGAGAGGCAAGGCUGGCACCUCCCGAAACCGCCAAUUGGGGCUUUCAGGAAGAGAUCGCCUCUCGAGCCUAUAUCUGAACCCGGCGUGUGGAUUUUCACGUCUUCAUUCGAUCUGGACCUCCCAUCAGAUUAUGAAAUCCCACUGUCUUUCGUUCUCGGCGGGGUCACGGGUGGUGCGGCUCGCAUACAACUGUACGUGAAUGGAUGGCAGUACGGCAAGUAUAUCAGCCACAUCGGACCGCAGACACGCUUCCCGGUACCUGAAGGCAUAUUGAACUAUCACGGAGAGAAUUGGAUUGCUCUUUUGAUCUGGACAAUGGAGGAUCAGACCACACAGCUCGAAGACUUUAGACUUGAACGUGGGCUCCCCGUCUACUCGGGCCGCUCAGCUGUGAAGUUGGUAGAUAGUCCAUCAUGGAAGAGAAGGGACGGUGCUUACUAG